AUGUUGGAAACCGAUACAGGACCUGCUGCCAAAGAAAUCAAGGCGGAGAGGCUGCGCGGCAAGCUCAAUCUUGAUCUCAGCACGUUCUUGAUGAUGCUCAAGGGAGGAAUCCCCCCAGCUAUUGCACUUGCGGCGUAUCAGAGUGACUCUUGGGCAAGACAAUAUUCGACCUUGGGAUAUCUGAUCGCCAUCAUAUCGUUUUUGUCCUUGCCAAUUCUUCCACGAGCAAAGUUCUUCCAGUCUCUAUUUGUCGAUCUCAUCUCGAUAUGCUUGGCCGCGGCCAUGUCACUUUUGUCCAUUCGGUGCGCUGUUUCUGCUCGUCAAUCGACGACCUCAGCCUCUAGCUCCACCACGACCGGCUCAUCUGGAAGCACCCCAUCCCUGCAAUACAACGCAGCGGCCAGCGUCUCGGCAUGUACCUGGUUGUUCUUUAAUUUGUAUUUGGCGAAUACCGUUCGAGCGGCGCGGCCCAAAUUAUUCAUCGCCUCGAUCCAGUACAUCAUCUUUAUCAUUGUCGCUUCAACCUAUGCGCCAACCUUUCCCAACAUGACGGCAGGGAUGAAUUUUGUCAGCAGAAUGCUCAAAGUGUUUCUUACUGGAUAUGCCUUGGCGACGGGCGUUACCCUUUUCAUCAUUCCAGUCUCUUCUCGGAUGACCUCGUACACACAGAUGGCCGGCAUUAUGAAUCUAUUGAAGACAUCUCUUUCAAUACACACCGCUUAUCUGCACGAUAUUACGACUUCUCAAACUGGAAGUGCGGGCUUGUUAGACGGAAAUGGCAAACCCAUACCGCUGGAGAAAAAUCCCCAAGCGAUGCAAAAGGCCGAGGAAGCGGCCACGAAGUUGAAGGUGACAAUUCAACAAGCGUCUCAAUUGUUUGGUCAGCUGAAAAUUGAAAUUUCUUUUGCUCAGAAAGAGAUUGGUUGGGGAAAGCUGCAAGCAGAAGAUUUCUCCCAAAUUUGGACCCAUUUGCAGCGCAUAGUCCUUCCCGUGGCUGGACUCUCCACCUUGAUCGAUAUUCUGCAAUCAGUUCGACACCAUAAGGCUAAGGGAGAAAACCUAGUCGGUGACGCGGAAAUUAUUGACUCCGUCAGAAAACUCGAAGCAGAUGAAUGGCACGAAGUUGUUGCCAGGUCUCGCAUCCCUUUUCACAGGCUGAUCCCUAAACCCGAGACUCUCGACCAGGACGUUGAGAAAAACGGAGGUGAUUCACCAGCCCCCGGUGACCCCCAAUUCACGGGGCAUUUAAGAGAGCAGAUCAGAAUAUUUCAGGAACAUCGCGAGGAGACGAUGCGAAAGUGGUGCGAAAGGAAAGGCAUCGAAGUUCCGACGAAAUUCUGGGAAGAUCCGUCUGCUCAGUACCGAUUCGGCGAUUCGGCUUCUAUGGACGAUACGGUUCGACAAAAGCAAAAUCACUAA